AUGAAAGAAAGCUGUGCCAAAUGCUCCAAAAGUCCCCAUGAAGAGCUCCCAGGGAACGAGGAUGACACCACAGACUGGCAGCAGACGCAGGUCACAGGGCGCCAUCUCUACAACACUUCAUCCAUUAAACAGAGAAAUCAGUCGCUGUGGGCCAGACUCAAGUGUGGACCAGCUCAAACAUUAAAGCCCAUCAAUGACAUACCCAGAGUAACUGACUGCAAGCAGGCAGUCAACGGAUGCGGGACAAAAUGUAACCUGGUCAAGCAGAGCUCCAGCACUCUGCGCUGUGGUGCUCGACUCCACACAGGCGCCAAGGCCCAGGAGGAGGAGCAGUCCAGCGGGAUGAGUAUUUUCUUCAGCCUGCUUGUCAUCGUGUGUAUUUGUAUUAUAUUGGUGCACCUGCUGAUCAAAUUCAAGCUUCACUUUUUGCCCGAGAGCGUGGCUGUGGUUUCACUGGGGAUUCUGAUGGGAGCGUUCAUCAAGAUCAUCGAAUCGCAGCAGUUAGCCAACUGGAAGGAAGAAGAGAUGUUCCGUCCCAAUAUGUUUUUCCUAUUACUUCUACCGCCAAUCAUUUUCGAGUCAGGAUACUCAUUACAUAAGGGUAAUUUCUUCCAAAACAUAGGCUCGAUAACACUAUUCGCCGUUUUUGGAACCGCGAUCUCAGCCUUCAUCGUGGGAGGAGGAAUCUAUUUCCUGGGACAGGCUGAUGUUAUUUACAAGAUGACAAUGACUGACAGUUUUGCCUUUGGGUCUCUGAUCUCCGCUGUGGAUCCAGUCGCCACUAUCGCUAUAUUUAACGCUCUGAACGUGGAUCCGGUGCUCAAUAUGCUGGUGUUUGGAGAGAGCAUCCUAAACGACGCAGUGUCCAAGAUAACAAAUACAGCGGAAGGCUUUGCAGGCUCAGAUGUUUCUACGGGCUGGGAAACCUUCAUGCAGGCACUUGGCUACUUCCUGAAGAUGUUCUUUGGGUCAGCGGCUUUGGGCACACUCACUGGACUCAUCUCUGCCAUUGUCCUGAAACACUUCGACCUGAGGAAGACACCGUCUCUGGAGUUUGGGAUGAUGAUUAUAUUUGCGUACCUGCCAUAUGGUCUUGCUGAGGGCAUCAAACUCUCCGGUAUCAUGGCCAUUCUGUUCUCAGGUAUCGUCAUGUCUCAUUACACUCAUCAUAACUUAUCGCCCGUCACCCAGAUUCUCAUGCAGCAGACUCUUCGAACCGUGGCCUUCAUGUGCGAAACGUGCGUGUUUGCGUUCCUGGGGUUGUCUAUCUUCAGUUUCCCUCAUAAGUUCGAGCUGUCUUUCGUCAUCUGGUGUAUAGUUCUGGUUCUUGUCGGUCGGGCUGUGAAUAUCUUCCCCCUCUCCUUUCUGCUCAACUUCUUCAGAGAUCACAAGAUCACCCCCAAAAUGAUGUUCAUCAUGUGGUUCAGUGGUCUGCGGGGAGCGAUCCCGUACGCUCUCAGUCUUCAUCUGGGUCUGGAGCCCAUAGAGAAGCGGCAGCUGAUCGGAACCACCACCAUUGUCAUCGUGCUUUUCACCAUCCUGCUGCUGGGGGGCGGGACCAUGCCCCUCAUCCGCAUCAUGGACAUCGAGGAGAGCCAAACACGGCGCAAGAACAAGAAGGACGUCAACUUGAGCAAAACUGAGAAAAUGGGUAAUGCCAUUGAGUCUGAACAUUUGUCGGAGCUGACCGAGGAAGAGUACGAAGCUCAGAUAUAUCAAAGGCAGGAUCUAAAGGGUUUCCUGUGGCUUGAUGCCAAGUACCUGAACCCUUUCUUCACCCGUAGACUCACGCAAGAGGAUCUGCUGCAUGGGCGGAUCCAGAUGAAGACGCUCACUAAUAAGUGGUACGAGGAGGUGCGUCAGGGUCCGUCCGGCUCCGAGGAUGAGGACGAUGAGGCAGAACUGCUCUGAGACAAUCACACGAGGAGAGAUGUGACCGAGUCAGAAAUCAGAUGAGCCCAGGACUCCGUGACCGGAGAGCUUCGCAGCUGAAUGAGGAAAAGAACGAGUACGUACGUGGUGCAAAAAAACCUGGGGGUGUUUCUGUUAGCGAUCAGGCACUAGAAGAAAACACAGUGGCUGAAGAGAACCUGAGGAAGAAAGCAAAAAAAUUGAAAUAAACAGCAAUAUUGGACGCCUUUCUCUCAUUUUUUAAAUAGGUUAAAGCACCGUAAUGUAAUACAUGAUUCUUGCUCUAUCUUUUCUGGGGGAUUUUGUUUCACCUACAGGGAAAUGACACCAAUGAAUGUUUGUGUUCGGAGUUAAUUUAACAAACGUGCCCUUUUUUCUUUUAAUGAAAUAUUUAUUUGUGUUGUCUUUUGAAAUGGGAGUAAAAGAGUAUUUUAUAAUGUUUCUCGACACUGUAUUUUGUAGCAGACUUGAGUUUAUAAUUAAUUCUAAUGAAAUUGUGAAUGAAGGAGUCCUAUCUGUGCAUAAAUAAUGCGCUGUAAAGUGGCAUAAAAUGUGAAUAAAUGAUCGAUUCUUAUCA